AUUAAAAUGUGGUUUCUGAGUAGGUGAAAUUGGCGCGGUUAAAAAUUCUCAUUCUUUUAUAGCUACUAAUGCUAACGAUCGUGCAGUCGGAGAUGUAUUUAGACAGCAACGACGCCGAGAAAAAUCUUGAUGCAUUAGUAAUACUAUCCUGCGGCAUUCUGGCUGUGUCAAAGGUCAUUCGUUUUCGUAUUCGGCCUGCUGCCCUUAUAUUGAAUUUUACGUCCGCGGUCGAAGAUUAUAACGAAUUGAGGGACGAUGAGAAACGAGUGAUAGUGCGAAAACACGCUUAUAUGGCCAGAGUAACUAGUGUCAGUAUGAUAUUUUUCGCGUAUUUCAGCUCGAUUCUUUUCAUAACUGUGCCAAUGCUGGCUGAAAAGGAAGAGAAAAAUGUAGUUAACGUAACGGAGGAAAGUACAUCGGAGUAUCCUAUACCUUCCGAAAAUGUAAUGGCACUUGUAAAAAUACCGGAAAAUUUAUACUUCUUUGUUUUUAUCAUGGAAUACUUGAUGCUGCUAUUCACGAGCACUGGAAAUCUAGGUAAUGUAUCAUCGUGUCUUACGAAUUACUCAUUGUCAGAAGCCACGCUAGUUAACUCCAUAAAUUGA